AAAUAGUUCUUAACUCCUUGGUCUACAUAUUUUUCAUAAUCGUGCAAUAUGAAGGCUCUUUUGUUGUUAGUUUUGUGCAUGUGGCCUUUGAUAGCCAUUGCCCGCGCUGCCGUUGACUCCUGCGAUCCCGAUAGCGAUGGUAAGCCGGUGUGUCCGGCAAAUUCAAAUGGUCAAACUUACCGUAAUUUCUGGGAUCCAACACGUUAUUGGAUUUGUAAUGGUGCCGGUGAGCCAACUACGAAACGCUGCCCGAGUAAUACUGGUUAUAGUGGUACAAGUAAUAAAUGUAUAUCAUGGAUUGAUUGGGUAUGGGUACCACCAUGCGGUUUGGAUGUAGGAUUGUUCAAUGUAAAACUAAGUAUAUAGAUCCUGUGAAAAAUAUUAUUGAAAACAUUAACGUUGCGUUUGUUUUUUCUAUCUUAUAUAUGCGAAAUUUCUUUGAUGCUUACUGUUGUAUACAUUUUGUAAAAAUAUUCAUAAAUAAAUGCUGGAUUUCUGGAAUAGAAAA